AUGCGCCUCGCCCCGUUCGUAAUGCGCUCCUCUAUCAGCGGCGUCGCCAGUCGUUGCGAUGGCCCCUGCGACGGCGAGCUCGCAGCUGGCGGGGCUGCAGCAGUGGGCGAAGCGCGUGCUGCUGGCGGAACUCGUCGCGCCCGGCGACGAGGUACGCCGCCGGGACUCCCCUCGGAGGGGAGGGGUGAACCAUGGCUGGGCGAUGGGUGGGCGAUGGGUGGGCGAUGGGUGGGUGAUGGGUGGGCGAAGGGUGGGGAAAGCGGCUGGCAGAGUAGCAUGCCUUCUGGCAGCGAGCGGUGGGGGGCGGUAGAGCUUUUGAGGGGACGAGGAGGAGCAGAGGCGAGGGAAAAAGACGUGUGCGAGAUGUUCUGUGGCCGCGGGGAGGACACGCCGCUGUGGGUCAAUGCGCGCAUCGACUCCUACCUGGGCGUCGACGUGACGCCAUCAUCGCUGGAGGAGGCGGCGGAGGAGUGGCGCGCGCACGGCGCCCCCUAUGGCGCCGCCUUCCACUAUGCCGACCCUUCCCUCGACUGGUUUGCCUCGCAGCGCACGGCUUCACAGUUCCUGGCGAACGUGGCAACACUGCUGGCCCCCGGAGGGAUCUUCUUCGGCCUGCUGCCCGACUCCUCCACGCUCUGGUAUGCCCGACUCCUCCACGCUCUGGUAUGCCCGACUCCUCCACGCUCUGUUAUGCCCGACUCCUCCACGCUCUGGUAUGCCCGACUCCUCCACGCUCUGGUAUGCCCGACUCCUCCACGCUCUGGUAUGCCCGACUCCUCCACGCUCUGUUAUGCCCGACUCCUCCACGCUCUGGUAUGCCCGACUCCUCCACGCUCUGGUAUGCCCGACUCCUCCACGCUCUGGUAUGCCCGACUCCUCCACGCUCUGGUAUGCCCGACUCCUCCACGCUCUGGUAUGCCCGACUCCUCCACGCUCUGGUAUGCCCGACUCCUCCACGCUCUGGUAUGCCCGACUCCUCCACGCUCUGGUAUGCCCGACUCCUCCACGCUCUGGUAUGCCCGACUCCUCCACGCUCUGGUAUGCCCGACUCCUCCACGCUCUGGUAUGCCCGACUCCUCCACGCUCUGGUAUGCCCGACUCCUCCACGCUCUGGUAUGCCCGACUCCUCCACGCUCUGGUAUGCCCGACUCCUCCACGCUCUGGUAUGCCCGACUCCUCCACGCUCUGGUAUGCCCGACUCCUCCACGCUCUGGUAUGCCCGACUCCUCCACGCUCUGGUAUGCCCGACUCCUCCACGCUCUGGUAUGCCCGACUCCUCCACGCUCUGGUAUGCCCGACUCCUCCACGCUCUGGUAUGCCCGACUCCUCCACGCUCUGGUAUGCCCGACUCCUCCACGCUCUGGUCUGCCCGACUCCUCCACGCUCUGGUAUGCCCAACUCCUCCACGCUCUGGUAUGCCCGACUCCUCCACGCUCUGGUAUGUCCGACUCCUCCACGCUCUGGUAUGCCCGACUCCUCCACGCUCUGGUAUGCCCGACUCCUCCACGCUCUGGUAUGCCCGACUCCUCCACGCUCUGGUAUGCCCGACUCCUCCACGCUCUGGUAUGCCCGACUCCUCCACGCUCUGGUAAGCCCGACUCCUCCACGCUCUGGUAUGCCCGACUCCUCCACGCUCUGGUAUGUCCGACUCCACCACGCUCUGGUAUGCCCGACUCCUCCACGCUCUGGUAUGCCCAACUCCUCCACGCUCUGGUAUGCCCGACUCCUCCACGCUCUGGUAUGCCCGACUCCUCCACGCUCUGGUAUGCCCGACUCCUCCACGCUCUGGUAUGCCCGACUCCUCCACGCUCUGGUAUGCCCGACUCCUCCACGCUCUGGUACAAGCAGCAGCGGGCCAUUGAUGCCGCCAAGGCUGCUGCCGGGCCGGGCGGCAUGGUGCCCACGCGGGCGGUGAUUCGCUCGUCGCUCUACGCUAUCGUGUUCGAGAAGGCAGUGCCGUUUGAUGACAGCAAGGCGGUGUUUGAUUUGCGCUUCUCCCUCAAGUGUGCCGAUGCCAACAGCCUGCCCAUCAAGUCGCUCCUCGUCCACUUCCCCACUCUCAUUAGGUUGGCGGAGGCGGAGGGGCUGCAAGUGAUGGACAUUGUCAACCUCGAGACCCUUUUCAACGACACCAGGACGCCUGCCAGCAUGCGCCUGCUGGCGCACACCUGCCCCGCUGCGCUACUCGCCAUGCCUGACCCGCGUGGCGACGCUGCUGCUGCUGCUGCUGCUGCUGCUGCGGGUGCAGCAGCGGGCGAGGGGGCGGAUGGGCGGCCUGUGGACGCUGCGGUGCAUGUCGGCCUCUCUGCGGCGGCACGCGACCUGCUGAGUGAGUGCUGCUGGCGACCUGUUGUGCUGCCAUCCACUGUGACACACAGUGGCAAGCGGGCGCCCACCCAUGCAUUCACGGGAAUCCUGCCAGUGUGUCCCACAUUCGUGCCACUGUGCACCACAUUCGUGCCAGUGUGCACCACAUUCGUGCCAGUGUGCACCACAUUCGUGCCAGUGUGCACCACAUUCGUGCCAGUGUGCACCACAUUCGUGCCAGUGUGCACCACAUUCGUGCCAGUGUGCACCACAUUCGUGCCAGUGUGCACCACAUUCGUGCCAGUGUGCACCACAUUCGUGCCAGUGUGCACCACAUUCGUGCCAGUGUGCACCACAUUCGUGCCAGUGUGCACCACAUUCGUGCCACUGUGCACCACAUUCGUGCCACUGUGCACCACAUUCGUGCCACUGUGCACCACAUUCGUGCCACUGUGCACCACAUUCGUGCCACUGUGCACCACAUUCGUGCCAGUGUGCACCACAUUCGUGCCAGUGUGCACCACAUUCGUGCCAGUGUGCACCACAUUCGUGCCAGUGUGCACCACAUUCGUGCCAGUGUGCACCACAUUCGUGCCAGUGUGCACCACAUUCGUGCCAGUGUGCACCACAUUCGUGCCAGUGUGCACCACAUUCGUGCCAGUGUGCACCACAUUCGUGCCAGUGUGCACCACAUUCGUGCCAGUGUGCACCACAUUCGUGCCAGUGUGCACCACAUUCGUGCCACUGUGCACCACAUUCGUGCCAGUGUGCACCACAUUCGUGCCACUGUGCACCACAUUCGUGCCAGUGUGCACCACAUUCGUGCCACUGUGCACCACAUUCGUGCCAGUGUGCACCACAUUCGUGCCACUGUGCACCACAUUCGUGCCAGUGUGCACCACAUUUGUGUGCUCCCUGCUCAAUGCCCUUAGCCCUGCCCUCCCUUGCACUUGCUUACCAACCAUUCGCGUUUUCCUCCUCGUGCGCCCCUCAUGCCCCACUGCCUGCGCCCCUCAUGCCCCACUGCCUGCGCCCCUCAUGCCCCACUGCCUGCGCCCCUCAUGCCCCACUGCCUGCGCCCCUCAUGCCCCACUGCCUGCGCCCCUCAUGCCCCACUGCCGGUGCCUCUGGGCAGGUCUCUUUGCUGUCUUCAUCUUCGCCAAGCCGCUGCCCCCCACUCGUCUGCCGCCACCACCACCACCACCACCUCCCACACCGCCAGCAGUGGCAGCAGGCGAGGUGGCAGGUGGGGGAAGGGGACCGGGGGAGGUGCGGGCGGCACAUGUGUGUGCAGCCAUCUCCGCCACGCCACUGGAUGAGCCCACCUCUCUGCGUCCGUCCCUGCCCAUGGUGCCCGUGCCUCCUGCACCACCACACGCUGCCACCACCCCUGCCCCGCCUCCCAGCGCCUGUGCACACGCAGCUGACGCGGUGGUGAGUAGCACGCGUGCACGCACAUCGCCCUCGCCUCCACCCACGCUGCCUGCUGCCCACAGCCACCGCCAUGGUGGUAGUGGGGGCGCAGUGGGCACGGCACGCACGCAUGGUGGUCCGCCUUGCCGUGCUGCUGCGCUGCCACACAUGUGUGGCGCCGUGCGCGUGGAGGUGAGCGCGGGGCCACCUGUGCUGCCCGUGGCGCAGGAGGGACGAGCUGAGGCGAGUUCACGCGGCGAGGUGAGAGGCAGUGCGGGUGCAGGGAGGGGCGAGAGGGGCGAGAGAGAGGCGAAGGCGGUGGGCAGGGGGGCGCGCGGCGUGUGGGACCUGGUCGACCUGGACGCCUCCCACGGCGACCUUGACCCCUCCCCCUCCCCCUGGGCGCUCGCCCCCCUGCCCCCCGUCCCCCCCCUCUCUCCCCCUCCCCUCUCCGCCCCCCCCUUCCUCCCACCUGCCUCCUGCCUGCCCCCUACGCGUGGCAACGUGGGCGUGGGUGGGGAAAGGCAGGCGUGGGGUGCUGUGCCCAUGCAGCGAGGGCAGUGGGGGGCGCGGGAUGACAGGGAGCAGAGAGGGGGAAGGGGACAGCGGGAGGAGAGGGGGGAAAGGGGGAAAGAAGGGGAAAGAGAGGAGAGGGGGGAGAGGGGCGACAGGAUGCAGGAAGAGGUGAUGGUGGAGCGAAGGGGAACGGCAGAGAAAGCGCAACAACACAGUGGGGCUAUGGGAAGCAAGAGUGGGAUGGAUGAGGAGGUUCAGUCGUUUCAUGUGCUUGCGCUGCAUCCAUGCGCUACUGAGCCGCACCACAGUGCUGAGAGGCAGAGUGAGUGCCCCGCGCACGACCACAGUGACUGGGGCGAGCACCGUGGGGGCCCAGGCGAGCACCGUGGGGGCACAGGCGAGCACCGUGGGGGCACAGGCGACCACCGUGGGGGCACAGGCGAGCACCGUGGGGGCACAGGCGAGCACCGUGGGGGCACAGGCGAGCACCGUGGGGGCCCAGGCGAGCACCGUGGGGGCACAGGCGAGCACCGUGGGGGCACAGGCGAGCACCGUGGGGGCACAGGCGAGCACCGUGGGGGCCCAGGCGAGCACCGUGGGGGCACAGGCGAGCACCGUGGGGGCCCAGGCGAGCACCGUGGGGGCCCAGGCGAGCACCGUGGGGGCCCAGGCGAGAGUCACACUGGUUGGCUCGAGAUGCACUCCCACUCUCACGCCCAGCGCCCUCAGCAGCAGCAGCAGCAGCAGCAGCAGCAGCAGCAGCAGCAGCAGCAGCAGCAGAGGCAAGGCAAUGUGCAUGUAUGCGCGGAUGUGGCAGUGCAGAGCAGGUGGGUGCGCAUGGCAUCCCCGCCACGCGUGCCCCAGGGGGCGCUGCCUGCCCCGCUGCCGCUGCCGCGCACAGGCAGUGCUGGCUGCACCCAGGGGGGCGCUGGGGAGGGCGGACACGGGAGGGAGGGAGGGGACGGUGGGGAGGGAGGGGAGGGAGAGGAAGGUGGGGGCGCGGUGAGGUGGCGGGCGCAGGGCAAGCGCGAGCGCAGUCGCAGGAAGGCGCGCGGGGUGGCGAUGGACGACAUCCUGCGGCGCACUCCCAUCCUUGCUGCCCGCGGGCUGGUGCGGCCUGAGGGGUGCCAUGGGGCGCACGCGAUGAGCGCACGGGAUGGUGGGGGGGAGGGGAGGGCGGGGGAUGGAAUGGGAGUGCGGGAGGGGUGGGUGCCGGGGGAGGCAGGGCGCGGUGGCGAUGAGGUGGUGGAGGGGAGGGCGGGCACGAGGAGGGGGGAGGUGGACGAGUGGGAGGAGUGGCACCGGCGGCAGAUGGCUGCUGGGGGGCAUGCGGGGCGGGCAGGGCAGGCGGUGCUCAGCAGUGCACAGCCUGCAAGGCAUGACGGCAGCAGUGCUGCUGCUGCAGUGGCGGAGCGAGUGGGGGAGGCGCAUGCAGGUGGAGAGGCAGGGAUGCAUGCAGGUGGAGAGGCAGGGAUGCAUGCAGGUGGAGAGGCAGGGAUGCAUGCAGCAGCGCAAGACAGCGAGACAGCCCUUUGGGCAUUGGGAGUUGUAGGCGCUGCGGGUGGAGGUGGAGGAGGCGUCCCCGCUGUGCCACACGAUGGCUCGUCCAGUGAGGUGCAUGCAGGUGGUGCGGUGGAGCAGGAGCCCCUCAUCACCUACUCACUCAAGCGAAACCGCAAAUCCCUCAACAAGGAGCACACCUGGAAGUAG